AUGUACAGAAAAACCAAACAAAAGGCAGCCUCCUCAUUCCCGCAAAACCCUAACACGUAUAUAAGAGCAAAUCUCAUAGGAGAUAGCAGUCCGCCCAAGGCUCCGGAGCUAGGGUUUCUUCAACUGCUGAGAAAUGGAUCGGAACAGGGAAAAGGUACCGGAAGCUUCGGUAAGAGGAGGAACAAGACACACACCCUCUGCGUGAGGUGCGGUCGUCGCAGCUUCCAUCUGCAGAAGAGCAGAUGCGCGGCUUGCGGCUACCCUGCGGCCAGGAUUCGCAAGUAUAACUGGAGCGUGAAGGCCAUAAGGAGGAAGACGACCGGAACCGGAAGGAUGAGGUACCUCCGUCAUGUGGCUCGCAGAUUCAAGAGCAAUUUCAGAGAAGGGACUGAAGCUGCUCCAAGGAAGAAGGCGGCUGCUGCGUCAUUCUAAGCUUAUAAAGAUGUUUCAGGCAUGAUUUUGAUAUACUCUGCUUUAGUUUUAUAUUAGCGGGUUCUACAAAUGAGUUCUUCGGAUUUUGCUUUCUGGAGAUUUGAUUUUGAGUAGCAAUAUCUUUAAUGGUAUGACUUUUCAAGUGUUGGGAUCAUUUUAUUCUGGCAAGAGUCUUUGGAUUUCUCA